AUAUUUUUUUUAAUUACUUUGCAUUCUAGUGACUUUACAGAUUUUUAUUGAAAUGGUGUUCAUUAGUGUUAGAAUAUACUGCUUAGCAUUGGUGAUCGGAUGUACGCGUGCUUAUGUCAAUGUUGCCCUGAAUAAACCAACAUGGCAAUCAAAUCCUUUAAAACUAGAGGACAUAUAUGACUCCAGCAAUGCCGUAGAUGGUCUGAAGUCUAACCUAACUGAACUGGGAGGACAAUGUGUUAUAUCAGCUGUAAAACACAGAACUGCCACCUGGUGGGUAAACCUGACAUCAGUCUACAGCAUCCAUGACAUAAGGAUAUAUUACAAGACAGAUAAUGAUGUAUGGAGUGCAUCAAAUGGCUACACAACACGAUUUCUCGGAUUUUAUGUUUAUGUAUCCAACACAACAAACAGACUUGAUGGUCAUCUAUGUUUUCACGACACAAUCUACAUCAGAUCCACAAUACCAGCUGUCGUCAAUAUAACGUGCCUUGUACAUGGACAAUACGUUAUCUAUUAUAAUGAGAGACUUUCUAAUCUCAAUUAUCCUACUGGAUAUUCGGCCUACGCAUAUAAUGAGCUUUGUGAGGUGGAAGUUUACGGUUGUAAAGCUGGAUACUACGGACCUAAUUGUUCCCUCCCCUGUCCUAACAAUUGUCGUUACUGUCAUAUAGAGACAGGAGUGUGUUCUUGGUGUAAACCUGGCUAUCAGGGAGAUCAGUGUGCACUAGGUUGCGAAAUGGGAUUUUAUGGAUCAAAUUGUUCUCUUCGCUGUCCCAGCAUUUGUCGUAAUUGUCACAUAGAAACAGGAGAAUGUUCAUGGUGUAAACCUGGAUACCAAGGAUAUCAGUGUGAAACAGAAUGUGGUGGUGACAGAUAUGGACAGGAUUGUGGACAGAGAUGUGGAGCUUGUCUUGAAUAUAAACAAUGUCACCACAUCAAUGGAUCUUGUACUGAAGGGUGUGAUGCUGGGUAUGAAGGGACUUUUUGUGAUAGCGAAUGUUUAGAAGGAAAGUUCGGGAAUAACUGUGAACAAAAUUGCAACGAAAAUUGUGGUAUACCCAAUCAAUGCAACAGGAUGACAGGGAAAUGUGAUGGCGGAUGUCAACCUGGAUGGGAAGGACUUCUGUGCAGUAACGAAUGCUCCAAUAAUCAAUAUGGCAAAAACUGUAGUGAAACGUGUGGUAAAUGUCGCCCCCCUUCCUCCUGUCACCACAUAAAUGGAUCUUGUUUAAGUGGGUGUGGACAAGGUUACCAAGGGAUAGACUGUUUACAGGAAUGUAGCUCAUAUACAUAUGGGUUCGACUGUAUGCAAAACUGCAGUGACAGUUGUGUAAAUAAUACGUGUGACUCCUUUUCUGGAGAAUGCCCAAUAUAUGGGGCUUCCACUCAGAAGAAUAAGGGAAAAGAUCAAGUAGCAGUCGUUGGGGGAAUUGCUGGAGCUUUAACUGCCAUUCUUGUAAUUUUGAUUGUUGUGCUGGUAUUGAGAAGGCAUCAUGCACGCAAAGGUAUGGGGGACAAUAAACAGUUUAAAAGGGCAAUACACUAUGAGGAAGGAGAUAGCGAGGAAAACGUUACAGACGUUGGUCUAUCAUCCUCCAAAAAACGAAAACUUAAGACCUCCAUAAAAGCAAAAGAUGAAAAAUCUCUGAUUAGUAAUAAAGAUGUUAACGCAAUCGAUGUGGAUGAAGAUGAGCUUAUACACGCAGAAAAUCCGUAUGGUGAAAUGUACAUGAAUAAUGUCACCACGCCGGAUAUUCUGAUUAGUCGGUUAGAGCGUAUCAUUUCUGAGAAAAGCAAAGAUGAUAAUGACGGUUUCCAGAAAGAGUAUGCGACUCUACCUUAUGGUGAAAAUCACAAAUGUGACAUUGGAAAGAGAGAUGAAAAUGUUCCUAAAAAUAGAUUUAAGACUACAUUCCCUUAUGACCAUACUAGGGUAAUCUUAAGGACGGAGACUGGAACUGACUACAUAAAUGCCAACUAUAUAGAGGGCGCUGAGAGAGAUCAUGAAUACAUCGCUUCACAAGGACCAAAGCAAAACACUGUUGGUGAUUUUUGGACGAUGAUUUGGCAAGAGAAUGUAUCUGCUAUUGUGAUGCUGACGAAUCUGAAGGAAAGGAAUAAGAUCAAGUGUACACAAUACUGGCCGGAUGGAAACAAACACAUCAAUUACGGAAUUGUAUCUGUGAAAAUGAUCGAGGAAAAAGAGUACGCAUUCUACGUUGUUCGAAAAAUGACUGUAAUCCAAAAAGAGACGAAGAAGUCACGUGUGGUGACUCAGCAUCAUUAUACGUCUUGGCCAGACCACGGAACCCCGGAUCCUCUAUGUCUUGUUGUCUUCCUUGAUCACGUGACGAGAACACGAACCAAUCAGAAUGACUCUCCGACUGUUGUGCAUUGCAGUGCGGGUAUAGGAAGAACGGGGACAUACAUAGCAAUAGACGCCUUGAACAAAAUAGGGAGAAAGACGGGAAAAGUCAACGUAGCGGAAUAUGUCAAGAAGAUGAGAGAAAACAGGAUGAAUAUGGUCCAAACCUACGAGCAGUAUAUAACUAUUUUCCUUGCGUUAAACGAAAUAUACAAAUCCCCUGUGAAUGUAAACUCAGUUGAAGAGUUUAUUGAAAAGGCUCAAUCUAUCACGAUGGACAAACCAGCCAAUCAGAGCGAACUACAUAAAGAAUUCCAGCUUUUGAUGAAAGUACGACCAACAUACACCGACUCUGAUUACAAAUUAGCUAAAGAAGGCUGUGGUGGUGAACACACGAAUGGUAUACUACCUUUGGAUAAAUACAGUGUCCAUCUCUCAUCUGUCGUGUCAAAAAGAGGAAACUUCAUCAACGCAAUAUAUGUACCAUCAUACACCAAGAGUAGAGCGUUUGUAGUAACGCGGUAUCCACCGGCAGAGGACUCUGUUGACUUCCUCCGCCUGCUCAAUGAUCAUGAAUCUGACACUGUCAUCUGUUUGGAUCCACUGAAUGAGAUUGAAUCGAGUAAGGCGUGGUUACCUACUCCCUCCUCCUCCAAGAUAGUCACUCCUUUCACUGUUCACUAUCAAUCAAAGACCGGAACUGACGUUAAAAGUACCACAAUUCACUUAAUGCCAAAUAAAAUUGAGGAGGAGGCUCAGUCAGUGACGAUAAUAGAACCGAAAGUCACCAUCAAAAAAUCCGGAAACCCUCUAGAUACAUCCCAGCUUAGAGGCUUGGUAUCCGUAUCACUAAGUUCCGUGAAUGAGAAACCGAUUACAGUCGUCAGCAAAGAUGGUGCAUCCCUGUGUGGUGUUUUCUGUGCCGUUCAUAACGUGAUACAACAGAUUAACAUGGAUGACAGGGUCGAUGUCUUUACUGCUGUCAGACAGUUACAAGUUAGAAGACCAGAGUUCUGCACUAAUUUUGAUGAGUAUGGUAUUGUCUUUAGAUCCGUAUAUGAUCACAUACAAAGUGCUACAGAAAACAUUUAUAGCAAUCAGUAAGAUGGUGGAUCCAAAAGUGACGAAUCAUUCAUAAAUUUCAGAACUAAUUAAAAAUAUCAGCAUUAACUGUUUUAUUAUACUGAUACAAUGGUAAAAUAUAGAAGAUGACAGAUAACAGUGAAUUAGCUAUUAAAACAGGGAUUACUUCACUCAACUAACGCACGGGGAUUAGUCCAUUCACAUACUAUACCAAUACACAAGUAAAAUCUAGAGGAUUGCGAAUAACCGGGAAUUAGCUUUUGAUGGCUGGAUUAACUCAUCUGACUAACGCACGGGGAUCAGUACAUUUGCAGCGAUGUCUAAGGCCGGGGAUUACUCACAUUUAACGAUUUAUUUUUAUAUAGGGAAAAAUCAGUUGAAAUAUAAUGAUUGCAUUUAAGUGUACGGUCAUACCUUGGUCUGUGUAUGAAUUUUAAUAGGAUUUGCAUUUGCAUUCAUUGUAUU